GGCAGCACUGAGGGCUUAUUUUUUUAAACCUCUUAUUAUUCAUGAUCAUUAACAUGAACAUGGCUGCCGUUUGAUUUUCAGUGCAGUCACAGUGUAGUGUCUUCUAAUGUCGUCAGAGCCAGAGAAGCACAGGCACUUGCUGGCGGAGAUGGAGAAGCACUACCAGUCUAGCAGGAAACCACCAAAGUUUUCUUGUUUCCCUCUGACGUCAGCCACGAUUUGAUGUUCAUAUAUCCCACAGAAGCCAUUUUCGUAGCUCCCUCCAUCCUCCUUUCCGAAAAGAGAAACCACCCAUUCAAUUUAAUUGACGCUGAAUCAGACGAACCGACGAAUACGCCGCUUCUCAGCUCCGGGACGCCAGGUGAGGGGACCGCCAAUGACACAGCCGAGGAGGGCGGAUGCUGUGGAAGCUUGACGUCACACCCUGGAAGCGAUAGGGGGAGUGACUUAUGCUUGUGGUGCAACAGAGAAUGACAAGAGGAGGAUGAGAGAGAAACAGACAGCCAGACGGAGAGGCUUUCUGUACCAAUAGGAAAUACAUAAGGCUUUCCUUAAAGGACGUGGGAAUUAAACAACAAGGAUGAGAAGCAAUGACUGAAUGUACGACGGUGGGGCUUCAGAGGUUGUGCCUACCCACAGGAGGUUCUGAUCUCAUGUGGACUCAUGUGCCUUUGUGAAGCAGGAGAAUUUGUCCCUCACCCCAAAUAACCUAUGGCCUCCUAGUUGCCAUCGCUCCUGAACUUCCCUCUCUUGCGGGUGAAACCAUGGACUAAAGUAACUGACUGACAUGAGCGUGCCAAUAUCAAGGCUGUCGCAGAACUUCACAGUGAACACAAGGAAAAUGACAGCUUGAAGCCAGUCUGGCGACCACGGAGCCUUUCGCUGCGGUCUGGGCAGCGCACCCACAUGAUCACAUGACUCUGGACAUGGACGCGGUCCUGUCGGACUUUGUUCGGUCCACAGGAGCCGAACCUGGUCUGGCACGAGACCUGCUGGAAGGUAAGAACUGGGACCUGAGCGCGGCACUCAGCGACUUCGAACAGCUGCGGCAGGUGCACACCGUCAACCUGCCGCGGGUCUUCAAUGAGGGCCGCUACUACAAGCAGCCGGAGCGGGACACGCCCCAACACCUCAGCAAAAUUGGGCGGUCGUGCCAGCCAAAACAGGAGGACAAUGCUCAAGAGAAGCGCCUGUCUCGGGGCAUCUCCCACGCCAGCUCGGCCAUCGUGUCCCUGGCACGCUCGCACGUGGCCAGCGAGUGCAACAGCGAGCAGCUGCCCCUGGAGAUGCCCAUCUACACCUUCCAGCUGCCCGACCUCAGCGUGUACAGCGAGGACUUCCGCAGCUUCAUCGAGAAGGACCUCAUCGAGCAGUCCACCAUGACAGCUCUGGAGCAAGCCGGGCGUCUGAACUGGUGGUCCACCAUGUGUACCAGCUGCAAACGUCUGCUCCCAUUGGCCACUACAGGGGAUGGGAACUGCCUACUGCACGCGGCCUCUUUAGGGAUGUGGGGUUUCCAUGACAGGGACUUGGUGCUGAGGAAGUCUCUGUACGCGAUGAUGAAGAGUGGGGCGGAGAGAGAGGCUCUGAAGAGGAGGUGGAGAUGGCAGCAGACACAGCAGAACAAGGAGUCGGGACUAGUGUACACAGAAGAGGAAUGGGAGAAAGAGUGGAACGAGCUUCUGAAACUUGCCUCCAGUGAGCCACGUACAAACUUCAGCAAAAACGGAAACACCAGUGGGGGGGUGGAUGGCUCGGAGGAUCCCGUGUAUGAGAGCCUGGAGGAGUUCCACGUCUUCGUCCUGGCCCACGUCCUGCGCAGGCCCAUCGUGGUGGUGGCCGACACCGUGCUCCGAGACUCUGGGGGAGAAGCGUUUGCUCCCAUCCCAUUUGGAGGCCUAUACCUGCCACUGGAGGUUCCCCCAAACCGCUGCCACUGUUCCCCACUGGUUCUGGCCUAUGAUCAGGCACACUUCUCCGCUCUGGUGUCCAUGGAGCAGAAGGACCAACAUCGAGAACAAGCCAUCAUCCCGCUGACUGACUCAGAGCACAGGCUGCUUUCCCUCCACUUUGCCGUGGACCCAGGCAGGGACUGGGACUGGGGGCAGGACGACAACGACAACGGCAAACUCGCCAAUUUGAUCCUGUCCUUGGAAGCGAAAUUAAACCUUCUGCACAGCUACAUGAAUGUAACAUGGAUACGAAUCCCAUCUGAAACAAGGGCCCCCCUGGCUCAGCCUGAGUCUCCCACUGCCUCAGCAGGAGAGGACGUGCAGUCCCUGGCCGACUCCAUGGACUCUGACCGCGAGUCCGUCUGCAGCAACUCCAACGUCAAUGGCGGCAAGCCGGGCAAGGAGAAGGACAAGGACAAGCUGCGCAAGGACAAGGACAAGAACCGUACGGACUCUGUGGCCAACAAGCUGGGGAGCCUCAGCAAGUCCUUGGGGAUCAAGCUGAAGAAGAACAUGGGGGGGCUGGGAGGGCUGGUCCACGGAAAGAUCAGCAAGUCCAACUCCGUCAAUGGCCGCAGCGCUGAGAACGGGGAAGCCAAGGCCAAGAAGAAGGACCCCAAACCCCGUAAAGGCAGCAAGGAGGACUCGGGGCAGUCUGCCAGCACCUCGUCAUCCGAGAAGGCCACCAGCCCCUCCCCUGUCGACAGGGCCUCGGGUGCCUCGCCCGUUGAGAAGCCAGGUGCCCCGGGCAAGCCCUCCAGCGACCGGGCCUCCGAAAACUGGAAGUACAGCACGGAUGUCAAGCUGAGCGUCAACAUCCUGCGGGCGGCCAUGCAGGGUGAGAGGAAGUUCAUCUUCGGUGGCCUGCUGCUGACCAGCCACCGCCACCAGUUCCACGAGGAGAUGAUCAGCUUCUACCUGAGCAGCGCCCAGGAGCGCUUCAGUGCCGAGCAGGAGCAGAAGAGGAAGGAGGCGGAGAAGAAGCCCCCAUCCAACGGUGUGACCUUGAAAAAGCCUGAGCAGGAGAGCGCCUUUCAGAAGGAGAGGUCAGACAGGUCAGACAGCUCGCCCAACGAGGGCUGCUCCCCAGUCCUGCACCAAAGCCGCAGCUCCCAGCUGGUCCUGAAGGUCCAGGGGCGGCAGAGUCCUACGCCCGCCCCCUUCUCCUCCCCCGGUGUCAAGAGGGUAGGCCCUGUACCCGUGUCCGCCCAUUACAGCCAUACACCACCCGUGCAGAGGCACAGCGUUAUUCACCUGCGGGAUAUGAACUUGCAGCCCUCCAGCUUGCGGGAGGAGCCGUACCGGCCCGUAGUAGGCACCCUAAAGACCUGUGCCACCUACCCGCAGCAGAACCGUACCCUGUCCUCCCACAGCUAUAGCCCCGCCCGCCUGCCGGGGGUCCGAAGCAUUGCGGUGGACACGGCGCAGUCCCUCGUCUAUGGCACGCCCGGUGGGCACAAGUCGCAUACUUACACCAACGGUUUCGGCACCGCCGAUAUCCGGGACUGCCUGGAGUUUGCCGACGAGGAUUCCCCGCGAGUCCGCCCCAACCACGAACGAACGAAAGGCCGAAGCACGGGGUGCAAUCCCUACUGCGCCCAGCAGGAGCAGUGCAAGAGGGAGAACUGCUCCUUCUAUGGCCGGCCAGAGACUGAAAACUUUUGCUCCUACUGCUAUAAGGAGGAGCUGAAACGCAGGGAGAGGGAGGGAAAGGUGCACAGGCCUGGAUAG